AUGACUGCCAUCGCCGUGCAGGCCCAGAGGCCAUUGGGCCAAAGAAGGCCCCGCCGGUCCUUCUUUGAGUCCUUCAUUCGGACCCUCAUCAUCACGUGUGCUGCCCUGGCUGUGGUCCUCUCCUCUGUCUCCAUCUGCGAUGGGCACUGGCUCCUGGCUGGGGACCGCCUCUUCGGGCUGUGGCACUACUGCACCACCGACAACCAGAGUGAGCUGCACUGCCUCAGAGACCUGGGGCAGGCCCAUGUGCCCGGGCUGGCUGUGGGCAUGGGCCUGGCCCGUAGCGUGGGUGCCUUGGCCGUGGUGGCUGCCAUUUUUGGCCUGGAGCUCCUUAUAGUGUCCCAGGUGUGUGAGGAUAUCCACUCAAGGCGCAAGUGGGCCAUGGGCUCCAUCCUCCUCCUGGUCUCUUUCGUCCUCUCCUGCGGGGGUCUGCUGAGUUUUGUGAUCCUCCUCAGGAACCAGAUCACGCUCAUCGGCUUCACCCUGAUGUUCUGGUGCGAGUUCACUGCCUCCUUUCUCUUCUUCCUCAACGCCAUCAGUGGCCUUCACAUCAACAGCAUCACCCACCCCUGGGAGCAACCAAGGAAAUUUUAGGGCCCCCCAGAGACAUCAGGUUCUCUAAGAAAGUGUGGUCAGGAUGGGACUUUUCCAACAUGUGGCCUCUGGUGGGGUUGGGUGGAACAAGGACCUUGAAACCACUGUCUCUUAGCCGGUAACCUUUGGGUGUUAAUGAGAAAUGGCCCAGGGGCCCCUGCAGCUGGUCUGCAGGGCUGGAGGCCAAGAAGGUACCUUACUGCCACCAGCUGCCCAGGCUUAGCCAAGUUAUUAGUAUGUUGAGUAUAGAAGAAGAAAAACAUUUUAAAAGUUCUUCUUGAGUUUUCUUCCUGGACUGGGUAAAUUCGGAAGCAGCGGUUCACACCUGUCUUACUGAUGCUGGGAUAUGCCUGUGGAAUCCCUGGGGCUCCCAGGCUUGCUAAGAAUGUGUCAUUCUUGCAGCUAAGGGUCCAAUCACUGCCUAGGACUUUCUUCCACCAACUGAAAGGUCCUUCAUGUGUAUGUUCUGGAUUUAGCUUUGCCCAUGUCAAGGAGACAGAGUUCAAGAUGCCCUCAGAAUGUCUUGCACAUAGUAGUUUUCAAACCAUUUGACUUGGUUUGACCCCUGCCUUUUGUGGGAACCUCACAAACCCUGGAUAACCCUAAUUUGUAGCAGCUGGCUGUCCUGUCGGGGACUUGCCCUGUCAGAAUCCUGUGGUAAGGUGGGUUUUGUUUCUCCUUGGAGAAGGAGCUCUUCAGCAAGCCCUCCCAGGAACCCUCUUAACUUCAAAAUACACAGUCCUCCCCAA